AUGGCCGACCAGUCGCAGGUGUCGCCUGCGCCGCCGCAGAAUGUCCAACGUGGUGACUAUCUCGUCGUUCUCCACCCUCAUGAAACAAAUGGAGAGGACGAAUUGAAGAUGAGGCGUGGCGACAUUAUCCUCCUCAAAGAGAUGGAUGAAGAUUUCUUGGAUGGAUGGUGGCUUGGGCAGCAUCCGGCUUCCGGCCAAAAGGGACUCUUCCCUGCAGGCUUUACCAGGAAGGCGCAUGCCCACGAGCGCUUGAAGGUCCGUCAAAUGACCCCUUCCUCCCAAGAACCGAUCGAAAUCGAAAAGACCGAGUCGCCGAUUCAGAUGGAGCCGACGACACCGGUCGAUUCGGCUUUCCCCACGGCGGGCAGUGGACAAACGACACCUCAAGCGUCACGCCACGCCAGCACCUCGGAUGUGCAAGCGCAGAUGGGUUCUCCAGCCCAGCAGCGAUCUGCCUCGUCUCCGCUGCCGCGCCCGAGUCUCGCGGCCGAUAUCCAGCAAGCCUUCCGCAGACCCCUCGAUGGCCAUGGGAAUGGCGAGGACAGUCCGGUGAUGAACGAGACUUUAAGCGUCAUCGACGAACACAUUACCGAUAUGAACACUCCUCGCCACAGCGUGUCGACCCAGGAUGCAAAAACGAUGAAUGACUCCGGUAGCGAAUACAGCAGCCAUAUGAGCCAUCGCAUAUCCUAUAUUAAUGGAAAUGAGACGGAUGAGGAAGAAGGAACACAUCUGACUGAAGCGCAAGUACGCCGUUGGAGUCAGGUUGAAGCCGCCCGGCAGAUGCGUGCCCUCGGCGUUGAUUCGAAACAUUGUGAGAUUUUUGAAGAGCAGGAGAUUACCGGUGAUGUUCUUCUUGAUAUGGACCAAGAUUUCAUUUUCAUGAAGGAGUUUGAUUUUGGAGUAAUGGGCAAGCGCCUCAAGACCUGGCACAAAGUGAAGGCCUUCCAAGAGGAGGUGAAAGGCAUCAAGCAGCCGCAGGCUGCACGUGGAUCCGUCUCGGGCUUUGCCGGUGGCACCGAAGAACGAUCAUUGUCUCGCGCCGGCCACACUGGGCCCUUCCUGCCGCGUAUUCCUACGGUGUCGGAGAAGACUGGGGCAGGCUAUCGGGCAUCUGCUGGGCCUACACAACAUCCUCGGCUUGCGAGCAACAACAGCUCUCCUAUGACUCCGAAUACUCCACCAUUCGGCCAGGACUCGCCAAGAAGAAUAUCCGCUGCUUCUAUUCGAGAUCUCAAUCAUUUGAGACGGCAUUCUUCCAUCGACGCGACUCAUCAUGGCCCGCCUACUUCGUCUAUGAAUGGCGGUCAUCAAAAGAAGUCUUCGUUUGACCGGGGUUGGACUCUCAGCGGUGGUGCUCAAACAUUGCCAACUCGUCCAGGAACUUCGAUGGGCACGACGUCAGCUUUCCGUGGACCGCAGGGCGCCGAAUCAGAGCCCAACACGCCUGAUCAUGUCGACGAUCUAGAUCGGGGCUACUUCUCCGGCACGGAAGUGGAUUCACGCCGGGCUCGCCGCGUUCUGCAGAAACGGGCUUCGGCAGCUGGCAGCAUGAGCCAUUCUCGCAAGUCGAGCUAUGCGGAUGACCCAUACAGGGUCAAAACUGCUGGCAAGCGUCAGUCUCGUAUUGGCAGUGUUGACUCUAUACGUGACGCUGCUAAUGGCAGACACGUCUCUACUGCUGCCCAAGCGUAUCACGGCGAUGCGCCUCAGAAGAGUCGUUUCAGAAGCCUGAGUACUCGUGUGUCUCAGCGAAGCGGCAAUGAUUCGCAGUCGUCCAAUGCCGAUGGCAAGGAUGGCAAACCUGGUUUCUUCGCGAGCUUUGGACCUUUGAUGCGAAAGGGAGAUUCAGAAGGCUCGACACGUUCGCCCUUGAACUUCCAGUUGCCUGGUGCUGGCAAGAUCCGUCGCGCUGUCGGCCUCCGCACUGCCUCUGAUGGUGUCGCUAAGAGCACUGAUAUCUCUUCUCCUGUUUCGCCGCGGGAGUACGAUCCAAUGUCUGGUCGUACCGGGUCGACUACUCCAUCGGCGACGUCAAAGAGCUCAGAGCGCCACAGCACUGAUGGGUCUGGUAAGGCUGCCGAGGGUGCCGGAUUCAUGGUCCGUCCUCGGACGGUCAAGUCUAAGAAAGAUACCAGUGCUUAUACCCGUGGUCUCGAGAAGAAGUCGCCCCUGGAACAGAUGGUAGGUUGUGAGUACAGUGGAUGGAUGAAGAAGAGGUCAUCAAAUAUGAUGACAACAUGGAAGCCUCGGCUGUUUGUCCUGCGUGGCCGCCGCUUGUCCUACUACUAUUCCGAAGAUGAUACUGAAGAGCGUGGUCUAAUUGAUAUCACUGCUCAUCGCGUGCUGCGUGCGGACAACGACCCCAUCAUCGCGCUGCAUGCCACUGUUACCGGUGCCACCGCAUUGCCCGCCAAUGCCAGCACCAGCGAGAACGGAAGCGGCAUGAAGCUCACAACCCCGGCUGUCAUCGCGUCUCUCACCAACAGGGACGGCAACGGACCUUUCUUCUUCAAACUGGUGCCUCCCAAGAUGGGUAACUCACGCACGGUCCAGUUCACCAAACCCACCACCCACUACUUCCAGGUCGACAAUGUCAAAGAGGGCCGCUUGUGGAUGGCCGCUCUGAUGAAGGCGACUAUUGAACGCGACCUGUCACAAGCCGUCGAGAGCACCAAUAAACAGAAGACAAUCAGUCUGAAGCAGGCUCGAUUGAUGAACCAGCGGCCGCCCGCUCUGAUGACUGCCGGUGUUGAACAGGACCCGGUCAUCGAGGAAGAAGAGGAAGACAGUGGGCUCCGAAUUGAUGGCUUGAACCUGGACAAAGCACCUUCCACGGAAAGCGGCUCUUUCGUCGAUGCAAAGGUUGAACUCGACUCCCAACGCCAAAACACCGAUCGACCUCAAUCAAAUCCUCCGAUGUCGAACCCCCUUGGUGAAAUCGACACCGGACGCACAUCUCUCCUCCCUUCUCCUUUAGCCAAGAUCGAUUCGCAGUGA